UAAGAGCAAUAAAGGAGGCCCGGACUCACGAGUCGCUAAAAGAGAAUGGGGAGAGACAGUCGCGCGGAGACCAAGAAGCGCGUCGGAUCACGCAACGGAACCGCGAAAUUGUCAGGAAGCACGUGACUCGCUCGAUAUAUGUACGUACAACGAUACAUUCGAUCGAACGUUCCGUUUUUCUUGUCGUUUCGAGAACGCGUGGAUUUUCCAAUAUCGAUCCCUUCCGCCCUGUUUCGCGCGAUUAACCGUACCUCUACUCCCUUCGCAACAUCGUCUACGAAAAGGAAACUUCCAACGACUCGGAUAGUAGGGACGAAAGUAUCGUCGUGAGUUCACGUGCACGCUCGGCUCCUUUUUCCCUUCCGUUUAAUACAAGAGCUCCAAGAGGGUCCGCGAUGUCUGCCUGUCGUACGAGUUGAUAGAAAGUGCGGCGAGGAAUGCUGAAGGAACGGUACAUCGGUGUGUUCUAGGCGACUGUGACAAAUGCGCGGAGUAUGACGUCAAAUGCGAUUAGAGGUAUUCGGAGGAAGAAGAGUUCGCUAUGCGAGGUAAAGGUGGCCGUGAUUGGAGCGCCUGGAGUUGGAAAAAGCGCAUUGACAGUGCGGUUUCUAACAAGGAGAUACAUCGGGGAAUAUGAUCACCAGUCGGAAAACAGAUAUAAACACGAAGUGUUGGUCGACGGUGAACCGAUCCUUUUCGAAAUUUUGGACACCUGCCCGAAGAGCGAAGAUGAAUUACCUUCCACGGAAACUGUACAGUGGGCGGAUGGAUUACUUUUAGUCUAUUCGAUAACCGACAGGGGUUCUUUCAAUUUCGUGAGAAAGGCGAAGGAAACGCUGGCGGUGGUUGAUCCCGAAGCCACGAUGCCCCUCGCUUUGGUCGGAAACAAAGCCGACAUGGUUCAUUUGCGGCAAGUUAGCACCGAAGAGGGAGAAAUACUUGCGAAAGAUUUUGAAUGUUGGUUCAGUGAAGUGUCUGCCGCGGAACAGGUCACACAAGUUGCUGAAUCUUUCCAUGAACUGUGUCGAGAAGUUCUGGCAGCUAGAAGAAGGAAUAAGCAAUCUUUACUGGAUAGAAUGCUUGGUAGCAAAGCGACGCGUGCUUAUUCACGAGGUAAAAGUGACUCGGCGCUUCCAAAAGAUUAAUACACGUGUAAAACCAGUUCAUAUCUACACACACACAUAUAUAUAUAUAUAUUUAUAUAUUAUAUAUAUAUAUAAUAUAUAUAAUAAUAUAUA